GAAUUUCAUUAACUAGCUGUCAUUCUUUUGGUUCUCGGAGCUUAUAGGGAGCCUUUACUUAAGAAUCUGAACAUUGUGGCUUACAAGGCUAGAGGCUUUAAUAAGGGUCAUGAAGUUGGAGGUGCCAAAAAGCUUUAAAGAUGUUGCUGUUGAGUUUUCAAGAGCAGAGUGGAGAAUGCUGAGUAAUCGGGAGAAGGCACUUCACAGGGAGGUGAUGGUACAGAACUUUGAGAACAUGAUCUCUGUCGGCUAUGAAAUCCCACUGGAGCACCUUUGCAUGCUUAUUAAGGAAGAUGAUUCUGUACCACCUGGUGCUGCUGAACGAGACGUAACUGUGCAGCAAAGACAGCUUAUUGAUGAUGGUGUCAGCAGUUAUAGUGUCCCAGAGGAGCACCUUUCUGUAAUUAUUAAGGAAGAAAAUGAGAUAGUGCCAUUGGCUGAUACCAAAGCAGGAGUGACAGAACAGCAAAGAGAGCUUCUUGAUAGCAGCAUCAGUAGGUAUAAUAUUCCAGAUGAGCAUCUUUCUGUGGUUGUUAAAGAAGAAGAUGAGACACAUGGUGUUACUGAAGGAGGAAUAACAGAGCAGCGAAAAUGGGUUCCUGAUAACAGCAUCAUUAAGAGGGAUAAAACCCUGACCCCAGACAAUCAAGAUGCAUUAGUGAUUCACAUUCUGGGAAAACUGACGGAGGGGAAUUGGAGUGAGUAA